UGUGAGAGGAAUAUUGCUAAUGGAAUCAUGCAAUGACAUUUGUCAUUAAAAAGUCACAUCGCAAUGAAGAGAUUCAAAUUCAUGGAGUCCCCUUGCUCUGUGUCACACUCGCGGCUUCUAUGACAACCUUCACUUCCUACUUAGCAAAAUCCAAGCCUGGUAGCUGAAGCCCCAGGAAGUUGUUAAAGCAAUUAAAGGCUUCUGUCUCCCAGCACAUUGCUUGGUUACCAUAGUAUCCUCUGCCUCCAAGUCUCUCCUGAUGAUGUCAGUAUGCAUACAGGGGUUGUUCAGAGCAUCUACGUGGGGAUGAUUCACCCCGCAAUAAAGCCCCUCUCCCCACCACCCCGUCGCUCGGUUCCCAGCUCAGUUUCAGACGUCCCUAGAAAUGGAAGGUUCUGAAUGAUGACUGACGCGGGUUUGUGUGAUAGCCCUCCCAGUGCCUGUCAUUCCUGAGGGAUCAGGUCCCCGCGCGUCCAGCCCCAGCAGCACCAGGGCAGAAAGGGGCUCUGGAGGGCGGAAAGCUUCCGCGGGCGGACUGGACAGAAGUACCGCCUCCGCACGGGGUUCUGCGUGCGGCGGGUGAUCCAGACCCCUCGCCUCCAAGUCCGGCUCGCCGCUCUCGCAGGCAGAUGGUGUGUGGCCGCCGCAGGACGCCCGCCGCGCCCGGGCCAUGAAGUAGCGGCCGCUGGCGGCGCCGCUGCCCGACCGCCGGCCCCAGCCCAGCUCCGCGCUCCCGGGUGCGCGCCCGGCGGGGCCGGAGCGGCGAGGACAUGGCUGGCGUUCCGAGCCUGCUAGUUCUCCUCCUGGUUCUCCCAAGCAGCGGUUGGGGUUUCAGAAGCCCACUUUCUGUCUUUAAGAGGUUUAAAGAAAGUACCAGAUCAUUUUCCAAUGAAUGUCUUGGUACCACCAGACCAGUAAUUCCUAUUGAUUCAUCAGAUUUUGCAUUGGAUAUCCACAUGCCUGGAGUUACACCUAAACAGUCUGAUACCUACUUCUGCAUGUCAGUGCGUCUGCCUGUGGAUGAGGAAGCCUUCGUGAUUGACUUCAAACCUCGCGCCAGCAUGGAUACCGUCCAUCAUAUGUUGCUUUUUGGAUGCAAUAUGCCUUCCUCCACUGGGAGUUACUGGUUUUGUGAUGAAGGAACCUGUACAGAUAAAGCCAAUAUUCUAUAUGCUUGGGCAAGAAAUGCUCCCCCGACCAGACUCCCCAAAGGUGUUGGAUUCAGAGUUGGAGGAGAAACUGGAAGUAAAUACUUUGUACUGCAAGUACACUAUGGGGAUAUUAGUGCUUUCAGAGAUAAUCACAAAGACUGUUCUGGUGUGUCUUUACACCUCACACGCCUGCCACAGCCUCUCAUUGCUGGCAUGUACCUUAUGAUGUCUGUUGACACUGUUAUUCCACCGGGAGAGAAAGUGGUGAAUUCUGACAUUUCGUGCCAUUACAAAAAGUAUCCAAUGCAUGUCUUUGCCUAUAGAGUUCACACUCACCACUUAGGAAAGGUAGUCAGUGGAUACAGAGUAAGAAAUGGACAGUGGGCACUGAUUGGACGCCAGAGUCCCCAGCUGCCACAGGCUUUCUACCCUGUGGAGCACCCAGUAGAUGUGAGUUUUGGUGACAUAUUGGCAGCAAGAUGUGUGUUCUCUGGUGAAGGAAGGACAGAAUCCACGCACAUUGGUGGCACAUCUAGCGAUGAAAUGUGCAACCUAUACAUUAUGUAUUACAUGGAAGCCAAGCACGCCGUUUCUUUCAUGACCUGUACACAGAAUGUGGCUCCGGAACUAUUCAGAUCCAUACCACCAGAGGCCAAUAUUCCAAUUCCGGUGAAGUCUGACAUGGUUAUGAUGCAUGGACAUCACAAAGAAACAGAGAACAAAGAUAAGACUUCUCUACUACAGCAGCCAAAAGGAGAAGAAGAAGUAUUAGAACAGGAGGAUGUCAGACCCCCAUUGGAAAUAGAACAUUUGUGGAGCAGGAAGGAAAAGACCUCAAACGUCCGAGGACAUGUACUCAAAGGUGAUUUCUAUUCACUACUUUCCAAGCUGCUAGGAGAAAGGGAAGAUGUUGUUCAUGUGCAUAAAUAUAAUCCUGCAGAAAAGGCAGAAUCAGAAUCAGAAUCAGACCUGGUAGCUGAGAUUGCAAACGUAGUCCAAAAGAAGGAUCUUGGCCGAUCUGAUGCCAGAGAGAGUGCAGAGCAUGAGGAGAGGGGCAAUGCUAUUCUUGUCAGAGACAGAAUUCACAAAUUCCACAGACUAGAGUCUACUUUGAGGCCAGCAGAAAGCAGAGUUUUGUCAUUACAGCCGCCCCUACCUGGCGAAGGCACCUGGGAGCCAGAACACACAGGAGAUUUCCAUGUCGAAGAAGCCCUGGGUUGGCCUGGAGUAUACUUGUUACCAGGCCAGGUUUCUGGGGUGGCUCUGGACCUUAAGAAUAACCUGGUGAUUUUCCACAGAGGGGACCACGUCUGGGAUGGAAACUCUUUUGAUAGCAUGUUUGUUUACCAGCAAAGAGGACUCGGUCCAAUUGAAGAAGACACUAUUCUUGUCAUAGACCCAAAUAAUGCUGCUGUACUCCAGUCCAGUGGAAAAAAUCUGUUUUAUUUGCCCCAUGGCUUGAGUGUAGAUAAAGAUGGAAAUUACUGGGUCACAGACGUGGCUCUGCAUCAGGUGUUCAAACUGGAUCCAAAGAGUGAAGGCAGCCCACUGUUAGUCCUGGGGAGGAGCAUGCAACCAGGCAGUGACCAGAAUCACUUUUGUCAGCCCACCGAUGUGGCUGUGGACCCAGACACUGGAACCAUCUAUGUAUCAGACGGUUACUGCAACAGUCGGAUUGUGCAGUUUUCACCAACUGGAGAGUUCAUCACACAGUGGGGAGAAGAGUCUUCCAGGAGCAAUCCGAAACCCGGCCAGUUCAGCGUUCCCCACAGCUUGGCUCUUAUACCUCAUCUGGGCCAGUUAUGCGUGGCGGACAGGGAAAAUGGUCGAAUCCAGUGUUUUAAAACUGACACCAAAGAAUUUGUGCGAGAGAUUAAGCAUGCAUCAUUUGGAAGAAAUGUAUUUGCAAUUUCAUAUAUACCAGGUUUGCUCUUUGCGGUGAAUGGGAAGCCUUUCUUUGGAGACCAAGAACCUGUCCAGGGAUUUGUGAUGAACUUUUCCAGUGGGGAAAUCAUAGAUGUCUUCAAGCCAGUGCGCAAGCACUUUGACAUGCCUCACGAUAUUGCUGCGUCCGGAGACGGGACCGUGUACGUUGGAGAUGCUCACACCAACACUGUCUGGAAGUUCACCUUGACUGAAAAAAUGGAACAUCGAUCGGUUAAAAAGGCUGGCAUUGAGGUCCAGGAAACCAAAGAAUCCGAGGCAGUUGUUGAAACCAAAAUGGAGAACAAACCCACCUCCACAGAGUUGCAGAAGAUGCAAGAGAAACAGAAACUGACCAAAGAGCCGGGCUUGGGAGUGCCCAUUGUUCUCAUUACAACCCUUCUGGUUAUUCCGGUGGUUGUCCUGCUGGCCAUUGCCUUAUAUAUUCGGUGGAAAAAAUCAAAGGCCUUUGGAGCAGAUUCUGAACACAAACUUGAGGCAAGUUCAGGAAGAGUACUCGGAAGACUUAGAGGAAAGGGCGGUGGAGGCUUAAACCUUGGAAAUUUCUUCGCAAGCCGGAAGGGCUACAGCCGGAAAGGGUUUGACCGCCUUAGCACGGAGGGAAGCGACCAAGAGAAAGACGAGGAUGAUGGAAGUGAGUCCGAAGAGGAGUACUCCGCACCUCUGCCUGCACCCUCACUGUCUUCCUCCUGAAAACCCGCCUUUGAUUUAGGUUCACGAGAUUUUCUAAGAACGCCAGAUUCCUUUCCCUUUAGCACGUUUAGGGUUUUGCGUAUUUAACUGUAAACUGUACUAGUCUGUGUGGGACUGGACACAUUGUAUUUCCUUUGUUUUGAUUGAGUUGGCUUCUGUUUCUAGUUGAGGAGUUUCCUAAAAGUUCAUAACAGUGCCAUUGUCCUUCUCUGAACAUAGACUAGAGAAACGGUCCUCUUCUUCUAUCACACUACUAAUUUAAUGAUGGAAGGUUUGCUCAUUUACAUUUUCGAGGCUCUUCUGUAGAUGUAAAUAACCCCUUUCUCUGCUUGAACACAGUAUUUUCCCAAUAGCACUUCCAUUGCCGAUGUCUGUCUUUGGUGCCUUUCCUGUUCAGCAUUCUCAGCCUGUGGCAGUAAAGAGAAACUUUGUGCUACAUGAGGACAAAGCUGCUAAAUCUCCUUCUAUUUUUUUAAAAUCACUAACAUUAUAUUGCAAUGAGGGAAAGAAAAAAGUCUCUAUUUAAAUUCAUUUUUUAAUUUUCUUCUUCAGUUGGUGUGUUUUUGGGAUGUCUUAUUUUUAGAUGGUUACACUGUUAGAACACUAUUUUCAGAAUCUGAAUGUAAUUUGUGUAAUAAAGUGUUUUCAGAGCAUUA